GCCACUGCCGCUGUUGUAACAGCUGCUCCCUCCAGUGCCUCCUCAGACCCUUCUGUCUGUGCCUCCUCUACCACUCCUGGUCCUGAUCCUCUCAGCAAUAUGUCAGCGGAGGAUGUGUUGGCUGCCCCUGGCCCUGACCUACCCUGGCUGCCAGUGAAGAUGAGGAUGACCAUCCCCCUCCAGGACCAGAGAUGGAUCUCUGCAGCUCUGUGGAGAAACCAGCGGCUACGGACCGACCUGAAGCUGUGGUACGAGCCACCCGGGCCAGCGCUCAUCUACCAUCAGGCCCCCACUCCAGAGCGCUUUUUUAAUCAUCGCCUGCUUGUGUGGAUGCCGUACCACUUGUGGAAGGUCAGGCUAACCUGUCCUGUGUGUGGGAAGCAGCUGGUGGGAUACGGUGCCCACAAGAGAGCCCGUCAGGUCCUUGACGUGGACAGGUACUACCUGAUGGUCACAGAGACCCUCAGGUGCAACAGCAUUGGUUGCAAAACCAACUACCUGUCCAGCAGCAAGACCAUCCUGGACCAGCUUGACCUGGCUCACCGGCUCGAAUUCAGGCUCAUCCUGACUCAGAAAUAUGCUUGUGACAUUCGGGUCAUCCGCUUCUUGCGGGAGAGGACCCUGGGCAACAGCCCGUCUCGCUUGGUGAAGCAGCUGAGGGAGAACCACAGCGAGGAGUGGCUGCAGCGCCUCUGCCAGUACCUUGGGGCAUGCUCUGACUUUGUGGGCCGGCCCAGCCUGUUCCCUGUGGUGUUUCAGGACCCGCCUGAGCCUGUGGCCAUUCCCACCUAUAAGUGGAUGCUGGCGGUCUACGGGCGGGACAUCUUAAGCAGGCUGGAGCACAUCAAAGCCAGCAUUACAUCUACCUUUGGCUCCAUCCUGAAGAUGGACUCCACAAAGAAGAUCACCAGGAAGUUAUCGGGCAUUGCCAAGGGGACUGCCCUCUGGCUUUCCUCAGUUAGUAACGAGGUGGGUCAGAUCUUGAUCAGUGUCCUGACUGCUCAGGAAGGCUCUGGGCUGGACCUGAUGGUGGCUGAUCUCAUCCGGAGGUACAGGGAAGCAGGUGUGGCUCCUCCAAAGCUCCUGUAUGUGGACUGUGGAUGCUGCAAGAAGGAUGGGGAGGAGACCAAGCUUAAGGCACGAUUUGGUGGCUGGCCAGACGUUGUGGUCAAGCUGGACAUUUAUCAUUUCAUGCGGCGGCUGGCAUCAGGAUGCACCAAGGAUGCCCAUCCCUUUACCCCAUCUUCAUGGUGA